AGCGCGGUGCGCGGAGCGGGAGCCAUGGGCAACCGUGUCACCCGCGGGGACUUCGAGUGGGUCUACACGGAGCAGCCGCACACGCAGCGCAGGAAGGAGAUCCUGGCCAAGUAUCCAGAGAUCAAGGCUCUGAUGGUACCAGACCCACAUUUAAAGUGGAUUGUAUCUGGAAUGGUUUUUGUGCAGCUGCUAGCAUGCUACUUGGUGAAAGACUUAUCCUGGAAAUGGGUUUUCUUCUGGGCUUAUGCUUUCGGGGGUUGCAUCAACCAUUCACUGACCUUAGCCAUCCAUGAUAUUUCACACAACGUUGCCUUCGGGAACAAGCAGGCCAAGUGGAACCGAUGGUUUGCAGUCUUUGCCAACUUGCCCAUUGGAAUUCCUUACUCUGCCUCCUUCAAGAAAUACCACAUCGACCAUCAUCGAUACCUUGGUGGGGACGUCCUGGAUGUUGACAUUCCCACAGACUUUGAAGGCUGGUUCUUCUGCACACCACUUCGGAAGCUGCUUUGGCUCUUCCUCCAACCUCUGUUCUACAGUCUGAGAGCACUGUAUGUGAACCCCAAAGCAAUUACCCAGAUGGAAAUUUUUAAUGCUCUUAUGCAGUUUUCUGUAAACAUUACAAUCUACUACCUUUGGGGACUCAAACCUAUUAUUUAUUUAAUAGCAGGUACAAUUCUUUGCACGGGUUUACAUCCCAUUUCUGGGCACUUCAUAGCAGAACAUUACAUGUUCUUGAAAGGGUAUGAAACAUACUCUUAUUAUGGACCUCUGAACUGGCUCACCUUUAAUGUAGGCUACCACAUGGAGCACCAUGACUUCCCCAGCAUUCCCGGAUGCAAGCUGCCAAUGGUGAAGAAGAUUGCAGCAGAAUAUUAUGAUAACCUCCCACACCACCGGUCCUGGAUUCGAGUUCUUUGGGCAUUUGUUUUUGAUGACACUAUUGGUCCUUAUUCAAGGGUUAAAAGACUAUGCAAACUGGCAAAAGAAGGCUAACGGAAUAGCUCCAGCUGCUGCACUGGUAUUUUGUUCGUUUGUUUGAAUGAGCUGAGUUUUCAGCAAUGGCAGAAGGGUGUGUGGGGUGUGUGGGGGGGGGUGUGUGUGGCUGUGGGUAUGUGUAUGUGUAUUUUUUGGCUGGCUUCUCUUCAGGCCACUGUAGAUAUACCUACUUUGCAUGCAUAGGACCAUGCAAGCAGGGAGGCCUAGCAUGCAAUAGUAAGUUAUAACUUCUGCGAGAACCCACAGGUACUUUUAGCUCAAAGUCUUCUCUAAUUCAGUAUCUUGCUUCUGACAAUGCCUGGUAGUUGAGAUUCAGUAUAAGAAAUAGCAUAUGUAUACAUUUGGUCUUUAUUUUAGUAGCUAUUGUGUGAUCUUUAUUCCAGGACUUUUUCUAAACCUUUCAUUAAUCCAUUUCUGUUCUUGGGAUUCAAUAUUCCCUGUAACUUAUCAGCACAGCUGAACUGUGAUGUGGAGAAAAACUUCCUUUUGUCUGCAGCACGCUGCCUGAUCAGUUAAUUGGAUGCGCCAUAACUUGGGUUGUGAGGAAUCGUGAGCAGUUCUUUCCUAGUCACCUUUUCAACAGUAUUCACACUUUCAUGUUUCUCACACUUUUCACCACUGGAAGCCCUUCUCAGCAUGGAAAGAUUCUAAUUUUAAUUGCUGCCCGCAAAAAGUGUUAGUACUUCUGAUCAUCUUUCUUGCUUUUCUCUGUAUUUUUAUUCUUUUCUCUCUAUUCUUCUCUAUAUGCUUUCUUUUCUCUCUUCUCCCUUUCUGAAAAUAGGGUUCAGGAGCACAUAUGUCACUGCAGACACGGAUACAUUAUGGUGAUGUUUGUUCCUAAUUGCUUUCAGAGUAAUCGUAACUUUUUCACUCCCUGAUCAGAGGAGCACUGACUUGACAUUUGGGAAGCAUGUGAUACUCUGUAGCUAUAAAACCCCUCACUUGAUAGUCUUAGGGGGAUGUACCUGGAACAUGCAGCUGGGGCACUGGCCUUCACCUGUCAUUUUUACCCGUUGGAAUAGUUAAAUCUUCCUGCACCUCUUAUCCAGCCAUCAGCUUCUGGCUAUCCUCAAUAAUUCUGUAUUGUCAAAAACCUUAAUCACCUUCCCUUUCUCCAAGCACACCCUGUGUAGAACAUACUGGACAAUUUCUUGGGAGUGAGGAGUUCAGAUGCCAUUUAACAACUUCCCUCUGUUUUGGAAAGCUGACUCUAUUUCUGUCCUAAGUGGUUAAAAGAGGGGUUGAAGGAUCCUCUUAUACUGUGACAGCUUAAUUUCUCUAAGAGUUUUGACAAGUAUUUUUUUUCUUUUCUGGAAAACCAUGCAUAUUGCAAAGAAAAGGAUUACUCGAUGUGCCUAUUGGUCCCUCAAAGUAUUCUGUUAGACCUGGGAAGCAUAAUUUCCUCAAUAAACAGUCUCUGUCCUUCUUACAACCCCGGACUCAGUCAGAUCGUCAUGCUAGUACCAUCUUCUGUCCUUUUGCUAGCUUGCCUGGUACGACAGGCAGACCAGCUGGCCUGCAGCUCUUUCGGUUCCUCCUCCUCCAUUUCUUUUUCCUCCCGUUUCCUUGUCUGUCUGAUUUUGACAGUAGGGUAAACACCCAGGCUUGGCACAAGAUCCCGCGUGACUCUGGGACUGAAUACUGAUUCAUUUAUGGAUACUGUUUUGCUCUGUAAGUUGGAUUUCUGGAAAAGGAGAGGAAGAACAGGACUUCUGACACAUCAGACUUCACUGGCUCUUCAGGUGCCUUUUCCCCAGAGAAAGCUUUGGUGCGGGAACCUCCAUUAACUUCUGUAUAUUGAUACUCACCUCAGGGAGCUUCACUUUUAUAUGACUUCAACUCAGUGCUGCUGGCUCUCCAUGAUGAACUUCCUGUACCCUUCUUAGCAAGCUGUUCCUCAAUUUUCUUGGCCAACUUUAGCAACUUAAUAUAAAAGCCAUAAUAAAGUUUAUGCCAUCUUCCUCA